CCUACAAUCAACGUCGCCAUACACAAGAGCACUCUGCUGAACCCAAGCCCUUCGCCGCCGUCCUCGUGCUGGUUCGGUGCCUCCACAUCCAAGGUACGGGCGAGGCCCUUCUGGCUGCCUACAACCUCCCGCGAGCUUGCGUCAGCCACAGACUGGAUCCAACGAUUCACGAUCUGGAACCGCAGUGCAGUCGUGUACGCAAGUCAAAGAGGCGGGAAUCAGAAUCGGUGGGCCUACAAAACAUUCAAACGUCCAAUCCGAUCUACCUGUCGAAGUUGCUUCGUUCGGCUGCGGCGAGAUGGACGCCAGCAGCGGCAAUGACUACGGCGACUCGGACUGGCAACAGGCCGGUCACGAUGCAGAUGCCCAAGACCUAGCCGGCCCUGGCGCUCACGGCUAUCUAGUAUGCAGAGUGGAGAAGCCGCAGAAAGAGGCAGAGGGCACGCAGAAUGCCUACAUCUCCUAUUUGGUCACCACCGACACCGACUUCAAAUCCUUCCAAUCUUCCCACUCAAGCGUACGCCGCCGCUUCACCGACUUUGUCUUCCUCUCCAAAGCCCUCCAGCGAGAAUAUCCUCAAUGCGCAGUCGCGCCUCUGCCCGACAAACAUAACAUGUCAUAUGUGCGAGGCGACCGUUUCGGGCAGGAAUUUACAUCGCGGAGAGGACACUCCUUAGAUCGCUUCCUCAAGCGAUUAACGCUGCACCCUGUGCUCCGAAGGGCUGUCAUCCUCACCCUUUUCCUCGAAAGCUCCGACUGGAACGCUACCAUGCGGAGUCGGCCGCAGCGCGGAAUGAGCGGGAGCGAGAGCGGAAGUGGCUCGGUGUUGGAGACCUGGACGGAUAGCUUCCUGAACGCUUUCACCAAACCCCAUAAAACGGACAAACGCUUUGCGGAUGUCAAUGAUCGCGCUACCAAACUGGACGAUGAUCUCGGAACGGUGUCUAAAACGGUGGCCCGAGUAGCAAAGCGCGAGGCAGAUCUUGAGGCCGACUACGCAGAUCUUGCAGCUCAAUUCCAGAAGCUGGCGACCUUGGAGCCUGGCGUACAAGAUGAAUUGAUCAAAUUCGCGACAAGUGUGCAGAGUACAAGUGAGGGAUGGAAGGGCCUGAAGGAGCAUACCGACCAGGACUACCUCGGCAGUUUGAAGGACAUGGAAAGCUACAUCAAUGCGAUUAAAGCUCUGCUCAAGACUCGGGAGCAGAAGCAGCUGGACUUUGAAGGCCUGACAGAAUAUUUGAACAAAGCAGCCUACGAGCGUGACACCCUCGCUUCCGCGCACGGCCAGUCGGGACUCGGCGCAUCCGGCUUCUUGCGGCAAAAGAUUGAGGAUGUUCGAGGCGUCGACCACGAGCAGAGUCGGCGAGAGCGGCAGCGCAAGCUCGAAGUGCAGAUUGAGCGUUUGCAGAGUGAGGUGGAAAGCUCCAAGAAAAUGAGCGAGGCCUUCGACGAAGAGGUCGUGAAGGAGGUCCGCGAUUUUGAGCGCAUCAAGGCGGUCGAAUUUAGAGAUACACUGAGUGGGUUUGCCGAUGCACAUAUUGACUUUUUCAAGGGCAACAUCGACAUCUGGGAGCAGUUUGUGAAGGAGAUGGAGCAGAUGGAGGAUCGGGAGAGCAAAGCAGACCGGUGACAGCCGUGCUGUGAUCAGCAAGAGGUGCGCAUUGGCGUCCUGCACCUCCGCUUACUACCUAUAGAAUAAUGUAAUUCCUCGAUCAAGUGAUGUCGCCGCCCUGGGAUCCAUCUCAUCGAUGUGCUUAGAGCGAGAAGAUACACAGUAUGACUUCGCUGGGCCUUCCCUGACUGGGUGAAUACCUACGAACAGCGGGCGUCCUAAUGCGAACUUACCACAGCUGUUUGAUGUUGACAAUUUGGCAGAGGGUCAAGGACAAUACUGGAUAAAAGUGAGACCGGAGCACAUGACUGUCGUCAUGAGGGUGCGACGCGACUGCCACAUGCAUGAAAAAUACACUGGCGAGGCUCGCGGAACUCGUCGGAAGUGAUCGGCGAUGGACGCCCAUCUUCGCCAACCCGCCCGACUUCCGAG